CUGCUGGGCUGGGCUCCCGCGCACUCGGCUCUGUUCACAGGGAGCAGCCCUCUCCUGCGACCAGCCCGGAGCCAGCCAGAUCCACCAGUGAGCAUCAGGCUUUGGGAACUAAAGAGUGUGUCUGUAAAAUCCACCCAGUGCGCUGAUGGCCAGCAACAACACCGCCAGCAUAGCGCAGGCCCGGAAGCUGGUGGAGCAGCUCAAGAUGGAAGCGAACAUCGACAGGAUAAAGGUGUCCAAGGCAGCUGCUGACCUGAUGGCCUACUGCGAAGCACAUGCCAAGGAAGACCCCCUGCUGACCCCAGUCCCGGCCUCAGAAAACCCCUUUAGGGAGAAGAAGUUCUUCUGCGCUAUCCUUUAAGUCUUCAUGGGGAGCCUGCAGAGCCCCCGGGCUCCUGGGACAUUGAUGUAGAGUUUUUAGCAAAGUGGGCGCCUUUCUAGUCCACAGCAUUUGAAGAGAGCAAGGAGAACCAUCUGGCAACUCCAGGCUAUGCAUGUUUAAAGAGCUGGCCCCCUGCGGGAGCGCGAGCAGACCCACAUCCUGAGUUAAGAGAUCUGAUUCUGCAGAACUGCCUGGAGGAGCGGAAUAUACACAAGUAAAAAUUGGUGUCACUUCUUUUCUGCUAUCUCUCCCCCAAAACCUUAUGUUUCUGCUUCGUAUUUAAAAAAUAAAAGUUCUAACAGACAGCUGUCCUGAG